UCUUUGAGAAAGUGUUAACGGCGGUAUUGAACCCGCCGUCAUCACCGUUAACAAGUUCACGUCUGGCGGAAGUCCAAUCGUCGUUUUGUCUCACCUCUUUGAGCCUCUCCGAUACUUUUCUCUCUUGCUAUCAGCGCCGAUCAAUUGAUAGCUUGUAUGGCAUUCGGCGCUUCCCGGCGUCUUCUUCCCUAUCAAGUCAAAGCCUGCUUUUUGGGACUUAUUGCCAGUGGCAGGUAUCACUAUCCCUUAAUCCACUCGCCGUCGCCGGCUUUAUCAUACCUAUUUUCAACCCUAGAUGAACCAUCAAAUUUAUUUGAUGAUGGUGUUUCGGGUAAUGGUGAUCGAAAUCAACGCUGCAUAGAUGAGCGAUUCGUUAUCAGCGAACUUUCUGAUCUUCUACUAGUUAAUCCUCAUGGUUCGGUUUCUAACACUGUCAAAGAGAAUCUCACUGAGAAACAGGUGCCAAUUAGGGCAGUUGAUGGAUUCUUACUUCCAGAAGAGAAAUUGCGAGGUGUUUUCCUUCAAAAACUGAAUGGCAAAACCGCAAUUGAGCAUGCUUUAGCUAAUACUGAUGUGAAUUUGAGCCAAGAUGUUGUCAGCAAAGUACUAAACACCGGGAGUUUGGGUAGCGAAGCAAUGGUUACCUUCUUUUAUUGGUCUAUUAAACAGCCGUCGAUACCUAAAGAUGCCUCUAGUUACAACAUAAUUCUUAAAGCUUUAGGUAGAAGAGGGUUUUUUGACUCCAUGAUGGAUGUUUUGUACAGCAUGACACGGGAGGGAGUGGACGCGACAUUGGAAACGGUAUCCAUCGUAGUAGACAGUUUGGUCAAGGCUCACCAAGUUUCUAAGGCACUUCAAUUUUUCAGAAACUUGAAAGAAAUUGGGUUGAAAUGUGAUACUGAAACCUUGAACAUUCUUCUACAAUGCAUGUGUCGACGAUCUCACGUGGGUGCUGCAAACUCCUUCCUUAAUUUAACCAAGGGGAGUAUCCCUUUCAAUGUCAUGACAUAUAACAUUAUAAUUGGUGGAUGGUCAAGAUACGGUAGGCAUAGUGAAGUUGAGCAAACGUUGAAAGCAAUGGAAGUUGAUGGAUUUUCUCCAGAUUGUCUGACCCACACUUAUCUUAUUGAGUGUCUUGGCAGAGCUAAUCGGAUUGACGAUGCUGUCAAGAUUUUUGAUAAAAUGGAUGAAAAGGGCUGUACACCAGAUGUUGCUGCUUAUAAUGCAAUGAUCUCCAACUUUAUAUGUAUUGGUGAUUUUGAUCAAUGCCUGACCUAUUACAAGCGUAUGUUGAGCAACAGAUGCGAACCUGACAUGAACACCUAUUCCAAUUUGAUUACCGGCUUUCUUAAAGCCAAGAAAGUAGCUGAUGCACUAGAAAUGUUUGAUGAGAUGGUGGCAAGAAUAAUUCCCACUACGGGGGCAAUAACAUCCUUUAUUCAACUUAGCUGUAGUUAUGGUCCUCCGCACGCAGCUAUGUUAAUCUACAAGAAAGCAAGAAAAGUUGGAUGUAGGAUAUCCAAGAAUGCAUACAAAUUGUUGCUAAUGCGGCUUUCUUUGUUUGGUAAAUUUGGCAUGCUAUUAAGUAUAUGGAAUGAGAUGCAAGAAAGUGGUUAUGAUCCUGAUAUGGAAACUUAUGAGCAUGCCAUUGGCUGUCUUUGCAAAACAGGGCAGCUUGAAAAUGCUGUACUCGUCAUGGAGGAAUGUUUACGUCAGGGUUUCUUCCCUAGUAGGCAAAUACGUAGUAAGCUUAAUAACAAACUAUUGGCCUGUAAUAGGACAGAGAUGGCAUAUAAACUCUGGUUGAAAAUCAAAGUUGCUCGUCAUCAGGAAAAUCUGCAAAGAUGUUGGCGUGCCAAGGGAUGGCAUUAUUGAACUUUCAGGCCGUAUCGGUUACAAACAUGUCUUUUUCUUCUAUUGUUUUUGUCCUUUGAAGGAACCUUGUUAAUGCAUAUAGGGCUUCGGCUGGUGUCAACGGCCACAUCUCGGGUAACAUGUCAGAUCAAUUUGGUCAUUCAUUUGGUUACACGGAUGUACGCCUUUGAUAAGAAUGUUUUUCUACCUCAAGUUCACCACAACCGCAACGUAAAGGACUGAUGUGCCGAGGUGCUCACCUUAAGAUUUCCUUAGUAGGAUUUAACCAUGUUUCAAAUAUGGAUCAACCUACUUGAUUAUAUGCUUCUCUAUCCUAGCCAAUGUCAGCCACCUAGUUCAGUGGAAUAUCACUUGCUUACCUAUGAAUCAAUGAGGCCUAGGUAUGUACUGGCAAGUGGUAAUGAACAUAACUAGAACGACGGCGAGAUGUAUCUGGAUAUUUUCUAGUGAACCCUACCCAGCACAUUGUCACGUAAAAUCAUUUCUACCAGGAAUGUUAUCUCUAUCAAAAUGGGUGAAUGAAAGUGGACCAUACCUCUUGAAAGAUGUGGCCAAUUACUUAGUUAAAAGAAUAACUAUCCGAGGCUAAAUUGCAAGGAGGAUUAAUAACUUGAGUAAAAGGACUUCCCACUGAAAGUACGAGUAGAGUCUUCAAGCAAAGCUAAGUCAGAAGCUGUCGGCGAGGUUCGAAUCUGCAAGAAAAAAGAGAAGAUAACAAGUAGACAGAGAAGAAGACUAUUUAAUUAACCCCAGGGGAGAACCAGAACCAUCUAAUUUUCUUGUAAAUUGCUACGCAAAAAUAAAAUUUCAAGUUUGCUUAUAUCAAGUGUAUGGACAUGUGAAUCACAAAGGUUGAUAUUAAAUAAAUAAACCACAAUAUUAUCCAUCA